UCCGGCGCUGCGCCCAGGAAGCGGAAGUGAGGCUUCCUGGCUGAGAGAAUAGGUGUGUUGCUCGGCUGUCCUGAAAUAUAGAAAAGUCGCUUUCGCUUCACUUUUCCUGGCUUUCGAGCGCUUACCCCCUGGCGGGUGGGAGUGCAGAGACUUAAGCGCAAGAUGAGCACCAUGUUCGCAGACACGCUGCUCAUCGUGUUUAUCUCCGUGUGCACGGCUCUGCUCGCCGAAGGUAUAACCUGGGUCCUGGUUUACAGGACAGACAAGUACAAGAGACUGAAGGCAGAAGUGGAAAAACAGAGUAAAAAAUUGGAAAAGAAGAAGGAAACAAUAACGGAGUCAGCUGGUCGACAACAAAAAAAGAAAAUCGAGCGGCAAGAAGAGAAACUGAAGAAUAAUAACAGGGAUCUAUCAAUGGUUCGAAUGAAAUCCAUGUUUGCAAUUGGCUUUUGUUUUACUGCCCUAAUGGGAAUGUUUAAUUCUAUAUUUGAUGGUAGAGUGGUGGCAAAGCUCCCUUUCACCCCCCUUUCCUACAUCCAAGGACUGUCUCAUCGAAAUCUGCUGGGGGAUGAUACCACAGACUGUUCCUUCAUCUUCCUGUAUAUUCUCUGUACCAUGUCAAUUCGACAGAACAUCCAGAAGAUCCUUGGCCUUGCCCCUUCACGAGCCGCCACCAAGCAGUCCUGCCCUUCAAUACAAGUGAAAGCACCGUAUACUUUCUCCUUUUUUGGAUUAAUUCUGUGUAAGUUAUAGUCUUUUAUUUUUUUUUAAUUUACUUCUUGCUUUGAGUUUUAAAGCUUUUUAGAAUGGAAAAAAAACCUCAAAAAUAAAUGAAAGUUAAAAAAAUGUAUAGUAUAAAGAACACCCAGAUACUCAUUAUUCAUCUUCAGCAAUUAAUUCAUGGCCAAUCUUAUGUCUACCCCUUCUUGCUUCUAUUCCUCUUAUAUUAUUCUAAAGCAAAUCCUAGGCAUUGUAUCUUUUACUCAUAAACGUUUCAGGGCUUUAAAGAAUAUCUAUGUCUCUCUAUAUAUCUCAAUACCAUUUUCAUACUUUAAAAAAUUGACAAUUACUUGAUAGGAUAAUUGUCUAUAGAUGUCAAAUUUUUUUACAGUUUUUUUGAAUCAGUUGGUUGACAAGCAUUGUAAAUCUCUUCUAAUCUAUUAUCAUGGUUCUCAAACUAGAAUACAUCAGAAUCACCUAGAAACCUUGUUAAAACAGACUGCUGGGCCCUACUGCAGAGUUUCUGAUACGUCUGCAGUGUAGCUUGAGAACUUGCACUUCUAACAAAUUCCAGGGUGAUGCUGAUGUUGGCUGGUUUGCAGUCCACUCACAUUUUAGUUCCCCACCAUCUCUCUUUCAUUUCCCCCCUUGUAAUUUAUUUGUUGAAGAAACUGCAUUGUUCCCCUGUAGGGUUUCCCUCAGGUUGAAAUUUGCUGAUUGCAUGCCUGUUUUACACACUGUUGGUUGUCUCUUUUUGUAAUGUUAGCUUUUGCUAAUCACUAAUUACUAAUAAUUAGGGAUUGAAAAAUUAUGAUACUCUACUAUCUCUUCAUUUAUUAGGUAAAAAUACCUCUAUAGGUAGAAGCAUCCCUUCAUCUACCGUUUGGUUACCCAGUGUUAAAUUUUAUAGGAAAGGCAGACUAAAUGCGUGAUGAUCUGGUUUUCAAAAUAAUGAGCUGUUCACUCUAAUGCUCCAGGGGUGAAGAGUGUGUGUGAUUAGCAGUUCAUAGGUUUAAACAUUCUUGAUUCAUUUCAGUUCACUGAAGUUAUUUUUCUUGCGGAUGCUCAAAUUGUCCUAAUUUUGGCCAGCGAGAGGCUCUUUAAACUGGCUCCUGGGGCUGUUUGACAUGACCCUAGUUUUCAUUGGUGGCAUCCUUGCUAAGUGAUAUGACAAGAUGUUCCAGGGCCACCUCAUAUUUCCUGCCUGACCAGAAGGCAACACUUUCUUCAAGGAGGCCUGAUUAUUUUUACUGGGGAAUGGUAUUUGGAGACUGCAGUCAGAGCAUAAAGAUGCUCGUUGAGACUGGGUUACUAGGUUUCUAGGCCCUUUUUGUGGACUAAGAUAGGUAAUAUGUUUUGUUGUUGUUGUCUUAAGAUAAAAUGCAUAAUGAGUUUAUACCAGUAUUCUAUGCCCCUCUUAAAUUCCGAGCUACAGAGUUUUUCCUUAAUUUCUUUAACCUGUCUCUCUUAAUUCUCACUGUAAGAAUUCCAGUUUUCAUUGCCAGAAAUGAUAGAAUAUCAUAUACUUAGUCUUUAGCGUAAUCCCACAAUAUCCACCCAAAAGUCUCAGAAUAUCAAUACCAACAUUACUACCAACAAUAUAAUUACUGAAAAUAGUUGAAGUUUUUUUGGGGGGGAGGGUAGGGGGUUUCUUUAAAAUACAUCCCACUCCAGGUUUACAGUCAGAUUACUGAAAUUUCAGAUUAUCUGGAAUAGUUUCUUUUUUGAGUUUCUCAUUCAUGUCCUCAUCGUUGUCCCCUUAAUUUCCCUGAAGUAGCCUCCCAGGUAGUCUCCUUUACUCUGGUCUCUCCUGGCUCAUCAUCCAUCCUGUAAAGUCAAUAGUCUUUCUAAAAUAUAAAUCUAAUUGUGUUGCUCCUCCAAGGAAAGUUGUCCACCGGCUCCCAGUAACCUGUAAGUAAAUGUAAACUAUUUAGCAUAGAAAAUCAUCCUAGUCUGGAUCUCCAACCUCUCUCACCCCUAGGAUCUACCCUUCUCCCAUCCCUGUCUCGCAUACAUCCUAGGCUCUAGUCAAGCAAAUUUAUUUUUUAAAUUCUGCAUUUUUCACAUUUUUAGACUUUAUUACCUUUGUUUUCUCUGCCUGAAAUAUUCUUCCUCUUAUUUGCCUGAUUUUCUCAUGUUUCCUUCUCAACUCAGCUCAAGCAUCUCCUCCUCCUAAAGGUUUUCUCUGACCUUUAUGUGGUCAUGUUAGGUUUCUUUUCCCUGUAUCUGUUUGAGCUUUUCAUAUGAGUCAUUUAUUAAAAAUGGGCAAAUCUCUUAACUUUCUAAGCCUCAAUGGCCUCGUCUGGAAAAUGGGAUGAACACUCCAGUUAAAACUGUCAUAUCCAACAUCACUCAUCUGAGUCUUCAGCUGGAUUCUCUUAGUUCCCUCUGAAAAGCCUGCUGCCUGAUGCCCACAGCACACUGGACACUCUCAGCCGCACGUAUGCACUUUAGCUCUUACCAGGGAAUUGUAUAACGUUACUUGUUUUACUUGUUAAUUUUAAUUAUAUACACUAAGUAUUGUGUAAAU